UACGGGCUUAACUCACUUCGACCAAUGCUUUUGGCUGAGCUUCACUCCAAGGCUCAGAUAGCCUGGAGCACCACUCUUGAAGACGACACAAUGAUGCUCAAAUCAACCGAAGGAACGAUAUUGACACACGAGAGGAGUGGUGAGUUAGACAAAGCAAGCCUCCAAGUGUUUGACGAGGAAAAUGUGCACUGGAGGUUACACCACAAGACGGCCGCGUUUGAAGCAGGAGAUGGGUCCAGGACAACACGGUCAUGGCAAGCCAUGCUAUCAUUCAGUCAUGCUGAUAGUACUGAGAUCCUUGGAUCAAGGAGGUGCAAUGAUACUAUCUUUGGCAGCACUGGCUCUGUGGACCAUGACAUCAAACCCUCUCCAGCAUGCUUCUCCCAUGAUGGAUCACCAGCGCACUCUGUCCGUAUCAUCCAUGCCUACACACCACAACAACGACAUCCCAGCAGACAAUGACAACCACCGAGUUCCUGGAGCUUUUAUGAAUAACAAGCUCUACAUCCUGGGACUGCGACUCACUACUUCCUACCAAAGGUCGGAUGAAUCGGUGCACGUGGACAUGUUUGGUCAUGCCGUCGGCAUUGGAUCCAACGCUGGUUCUUUUGAUUUGCACAAGAUCGAGCCUCUUCCUAACCAGCUCUCGUUUCAAGAUGCCACCAAAGAAGAACUCUACUGCAAGGUUUGGGGGGAAGAUCACUAUCAUUCAACUUUGACAGGCCACCACAACAAUGGCACUGCAGAUGUUGCAGGAAAGACAUCAGAUCUAAUCCGAAUGAGUUAUAUACCCAACAACUCUCUAGACAAGAAUACCAAGAGAACCCAUCUGAUCUGGAGAUGCAACGUGUCUCCAUUUCUGACCAAAUCUCAACUUUUGACACGGUCUUCCGUGCGAGUAUCCGUGUACACCAACCCAAACAAUCCACACUAUCCAGGUCACGAUCGCCCAAUUUUGACUGUGGAUGUACCCACCAGCACUGCGUCCGUCGGUCAUGCUGGACCCACACUCUUCUUUCAAGGGAAACAGCAGCAACAACGUCAUUCCUUCCUGGAACAGGUGGCACAAAAGGGGCCCUUCGGUGUCGUGCUGUGUGUAGCGGGCAUUGAUCUCAAGGCGCUUCCGUUCCUACCAGAGUUUGUACAACACCACAUUAACGUGGGUGUCGAUCACAUGGUCUUGGGAGUGGACAAUCCCAGUGAUAUUGCCAUGAUUCACGACAAGCUAUCGUACUUUGUGGAGGACCUGGGCGUGGUGGUUUUGGGUACCGAAUCUCACGUCGUGGAGAAUCGAGAAGUCCGCAAGCUACGAUUUUACAACCAAUGCCUCUUUCACGCCAAGGGCAUGUCCGAGUACGUUGUCAACUGGGAUGUAGAUGAAUUAUGGAUGCCUCCUCUGCUCCUCGAGUCCAGCCGUGACAACCACCAUCAUCCACACGGGAUUGUUGGACAGUCAUCAUCACCCAGUUUGCCAAUAGAGCAUGACAGUGUCUGGAGCAAGAGUCCGUACCGCAAAACACGGAGCCUCGUAGAUGCCAUUCGCUCCAUGCGAGGAUCGGAUGGUGUUUGCCAAGAAUGGUGUUUUCAAUACUUUCCGUCCUACACGGUCCAGCGAAUGGUUGCGGCAGAGGAGGAGCCACACGACAAGAAGAACCUCAUGCGACAGGGGUUUUAUGGAUUCCCGAUGCGAGAGCAUGACCUGAAUUACCAGUGGAAAAAGCCAGUCAUUCGAACUCGCUACGCCUUUCAAUCGUCCUUUCAUUUGGGUGGUUCCUGUAUCCGCCCCGAGGAUGUGCAUCUGCGACAACACGUUUCCAAAAAGUACAAGGUGUCCUUUGAUGAUUGUCCUGCUGCUGCUCAUGAGGAUGAUGAUCCACGAAAUGGAUCCUUUGUUUUGGGUGCUAUGCAUCAUUACUAUCGAUUGUUUCGACCCGAGCUCGGCCUUUCAUCAUCUUCCGUGACGGGCCUCUCCUCGGAAGGAGGAACACGAGGAGGAGAUGUGGCAGAUGAAUACACUCGAUACCUGCGGCCAACCGUGUUGGAGCAGCUGUCGCGUUUGCAAAACCGCAACGUCCAAGCAGCGGCAUGAUGACGGAGCUCAAGUACAAAACUAUAAAAACUCACCAAUUGGAAUGGCUAUCCGAUGAAUCGAAUCGAAUCAUGAAUCCGUCCAGGUUGGCACUCACGGUUCCUUUGGUUUGACAAUCCAUAAACGGUAGUACCUCAACCAGACUCUGGCACUAGCUACCGGUAGAAGAAUAUCGUAUGAGUCUAAUUACAGUUUUCGUCUAGAUUGAUUUAUUGUCUA